AUGAUGGUUGCAGAGAUCGAAACAAAAAGCUCCUACGUGGAAAAAGAGCUAAAGGAAAAGCAUCCUGACGUAUUCAGCGAAGGUCUUGGACUCUGUACGAAAGAGAAAGCAGACCUCGUACUCCCUCCCAAUAUCCGCCCCGUAUUCCGUUGUAGUCGUUCCGUUGCCUACGCUGCCCUGGGAUCCGUUGAAAACGAACUAAACAGACUUCACGAAAUGGGUAUUAUCACUCCGGUGAGCCACAGCGAAUGGACUGCACCAAUCGUAUGUGUCAAGAAAGUACAGGGUGGCUGA